AUGGCCCGCCGUCCCGCCCGUUGCUACCGCUACUGCAAGAACAAGCCCUACCCCAAGAGCAGGUUCAACCGUGGUGUUCCCGAUGCCAAGAUCCGCAUCUUCGACCUCGGUCGCAAGAAGGCCAACGUAGACGACUUCCCGCUCUGCAUCCACCUGGUCUCCAACGAGUACGAGCAGCUGUCUUCCGAGGCUCUGGAAGCCGCCCGUAUUUGCGCCAACAAGUACCUCGUCAAGAGCGGAGGAAAGGAAUCUUUCCAUCUCCGUGUCCGCGUCCACCCCUUCCACGUCGUCCGUAUCAACAAGAUGUUGUCGUGCGCUGGUGCCGAUAGAUUGCAGACGGGUAUGCGUGGUGCUUUCGGCAAGCCCAACGGUCUUGUCGCUCGUGUCAACAUUGGUCAGAUCCUCAUGUCCGUCAGGACUAGGGAUUCUAACCGCGCUAUCGCUCUUGAGGCUCUGAGGCGUUGCCAGUACAAGUUCCCUGGUCGCCAGAAGAUCAUCGUCUCCAAGAACUGGGGUUUCACCCCUCUUAAGCGCGAGGAGUACGUCCAGCAGCGCCAGGAGGGCAAGGUCAAGAUCGACGGUGCCUACGUCCAGUUCCUCCGCAACAAGGGUAAACUCGCCGACAACAUCCGCCGUUUCCCUAGCGCUUUCGAGUCAUCCGCUUAG